CGAGGCGGCAAGCGGCGCGACCUGCCCCCCCCCCCUCGCCCGCAGUCGGCCUUCGCCCGCGGCCCGCGCGCCGGAGUGGCUGGCGCCGCCGAGGGGCGCGCGGCGGCCGCCGCGGCGCUGGGCGGCUGCUGCUGGGUGGGGGCCGCCGCGCUGCUGACGCGCGCCCUGCGCCGGCGCCUGACCGCAAGGCGAGGCGCCAGCGACGGCGGCGCGGCGGCGUGCUCUGGGCUCCUCGACGAGGCAGGGUCUCCAGACGGUUGCCGAUUGUCUCGUGAGGUCUUCAUGGAUGUGCUCGGCGGUUUGCUCAAGCAGCCGGCGAAAGAAACAGGCGCAGGCUCGCUCGCAGUGGGGUGCACGUCGAGCUCGGGUAUCCUGGGGGCGUACCUGCCGAGCAGCCUGGUCAACAGGAUCGGCUGGAGCGACACGCUGGACUCGCAGCCGCUCCUGAACAGCGUGCCAAAUCCUUAUCCUGGGGUUCAGUACCGAAAGUCCAAGAACAUCGACGACAGGUACCAGAGGUACGCAGAGACGGGGGCCACUGUGAGGGGUCAGAUCGAGGACAAUGGUGAGUGGCUCCGGAUCAGCCGCGACGUCUUUUUACCCAUGAGGGUUGGCACCGUCCAGAUCCUGGAGCCGCUGGCCCGCAAGGAGGUCCAGAGCGCCGCGGUGCCGCGGGCCACCUUCUGGGGCUGCUGCACCGGGCCGCUGCCAGGCGACCACCUGAACGACGCCGUGCGGUGA